AGAAGUGCGAUGACGAAGGUUACGUAAUCAUCGAGAGGAGGAUGAGUAGUUAUCAUUCGAAGAUGUCACUCAACACUUCCAAUACUCCAGAUGGCAAUGGUGUGCUUAUUUAUAAUGGUGAAAUGAUACUUCUGUACACGACGCAUGUAAAGAUGUCUUUUUCACAUACCCAUCACCCUGUUCUCAAAGGAACCAAGAAGGGUUCACUUUAUCUGACAUCACAUCGGAUAAUCUUUCUGAACGAAUCACACUCGGAUCCUUUGAAAUCUUUCGCCAUGCCUUUUCAAACAUUGAGAAAUGUGGAACUGGAGCAGCCUAUACUCACCCCGAACUUCCUUAAGGGAGGAGCGCAGGCCCUGCCCGAUGGGCAAUUCCAGGGCGAAGUCGAGUGGAAGUUAUCAUUCCCAAAAGGAGGUGCAGUUGAGUUCGGUCAAAGCCUGCUUCAUGCUACAGAUAUUGCUGCACGCAGUGCGCCACUGUUCUCUCCUCCACCGUACACUCCAAUGAACUUCCCUGCCCCUUACUAUUCUGCGCCACCGAAUUACUACACGCCAGCGGGAGGAGAUUUCAAUGGUUUCCAGGCUCCAACGAAUGUAUUUCCUGAAAAGCCACAAGCAGGAAAUGUCUACAUGUACGAAGCUCCUCCACCGUAUCCCGGUAUCGGUCAGAAUCCUCCCGUACCGACUGGAGAUCUACAGCUUGCCGGAAAAAUGAAUGCAACAGCUCCACCAUACGAGAAACAAUAAUUUUGUACAUUUGUAUACAUCUUUUUCUGUAAAUUACGCUUGCUUUAUUUACUGGCUAUAAAUACUUGAAAAAUUUCUUUAAGCAGACC